AUCGUUGACAUUUAACGCCGAACUCGAAGUCGACAAUUCGACAUCGACACCCGACAGUAUGUUUUGGUAUUUUAAAUAAAAUAAAUUUAGUUUAUAUUGUUAAUAAAAUAAUACAAAUACAAUCAGUUCCGAAUCUCCUGCGUGUCAUAUUAUCGGUAACAAUGCACAGUGCAGUGUAGUUGUAGUAUGCUGCGAUACAAAUCACUAUUGUAAUUUACGAUACGUCGAUAAUUGUAGCAUUGGAGUGUUGCAUUUAGAAAAUAUGCAUUUUUACAAGUAAACAACAGUAUUAAAACUUAGAUCUGCUUAGUAUUUAAAUAAUUAUAAUCAUACUGAUACAAUGCGUUCGAAAAUAAUGAUUGGAUGUGUGUUGUUCCUGUGUGUGUUGGGUGCAGCGUUUUUAGCUCAGACAUACCACGAGAUAGCAGAUGUGUUUGAGAAGGACGGCUCCCUGACUGACUCUGAGUACUCUUGGUGUUUUAGGUUAACGUUGAAUCUGUAUGGAUACUCCACAGUCCUGCUGCCAUGUUUUUUUCUGUAUAAAUACCUGGAAAGGACUAACUAUUUUGACAAGAUUACAAAUCAAACGUGGCUAUCCCGCAUGUUGUUCGCGUUUUUCUCGACUCCGGAGAGCAUCCCGGAGACCGUGAAGCCUCCGAAGGUCGAGGAGAGCCCGCAGCGGGAGGGCCUCGAGUUAGCCUUCUGUUUCACCGGCCUCAUGUGCGCCUACCUCGUAUGGGGCUUGCUGCAGGAGAAGAUCAUGACGCAGAACUACGUGAUGUCCGACGGCAGCACGCUGCGGUUCAACGACUCGCAGUUCCUGGUGUUCAUCAACCGCCUGCUGGGGUUCGUCAUCGCGCUGGUGCAGCUGCUGUGCUCCGGCCAGCAGGUCAUCGCCGCGCCGCUCUACAAGUUCGCCUACUGCUCGCUCACCAACAUCAUCAGCGCCUGGUGCCAGUACGAGGCGCUGAAGUACGUCAGCUUCCCCACACAGGUGCUGUCCAAGUCGUGUAAGGUAAUCCCUGUGAUGCUGAUGGGGAAACUGGUGUCCCGGAACAAAUACGAGGCUCACGAGUACGGCACGGCGCUGCUGAUAUCACUCGGAAUGGCUCUGUUCCUACUGGGGAGCCGAGACACGGCGGCCUGGGACUCGAGCACCGGCGGGGCCUUCCUCCUGAUGCUGUACCUGUUCUGCGACAGCUUCACAGCGUCGUGGCAGGGCGCGCUGUUCCGGCGCCACAAGCUGCGGCCCAUGCAGAUGCUGUGCGCCGUGAACCUGUGCUCCUGCGCGCUGACGGCGUCGGCGCUGCUGGGCCGGCCCGCGCCGCGACUGAUGCAGCAUCCGAUGUUCCUGUGGGACUGCACGCUGCUGUCGGUCAGCUCGGCGCUGGGUCAGCUGCUCAUCUAUCGCACCAUCGCGCGCUUCGGGCCCGUCGUCUUCACCAUCAUCAUGACUCUGCGACAGGCGGUGUCGAUCCUGGUGUCGUGCGUGGUGUUCGGGCACGCGGUGUCGCCGGCGGGCGCGCUGGGCGUGCUGCUGGUGUUCGGCGCCGUGCUGCUGCGCGUGCGCUGGCGGAGCACCCGCCCGCCGCCCGCGCGCCCGCCGCCCGCGCCGCACGACCCGCCCGCCCUCUAGCGCCGCGCCUGCGGCACGUGCAGGAAGAGGCCACUUCAUUACGUGUAGUUCUCUCCACUCUAUCUCGAAAUGUGAAUUCACCAGAUAAUUGGAUAUUUGAAUUUCUUCGAAGAACAUUAAGAAGAGUUACAGUUUAGUGCUGCAAGUACGUAAAUAAGAAAUGUUCGGCUCUAUUCCCGCCCCUAGCAUAGAUCUUCUUGCUUAAUUUAAGAAGUACCCUAACUUUUUGAAUGAAGCAAUCAAUUUCCUAUAAAUACUUAAGUUAUAUUUUGUCUCAAACGCACAAUUAAUUUAUUUACCCUCUGUUUUAAAAUAACAUCAUUCUUGAUAAAUAUUUUAGAGAUGUUUUAAUUUAUACAAUGUAAGAAAUUAUAAUAUAAUUGUUGUCUUUUAAGUUUAUUAAAACGGAGUUUUUCGACUGACAAAUCAACCACAUUUUCCGCGUGUUUGAUUACUUUACUCGACUACUCUCGAAGGGGUACUCCCCGAAACUUAGCGUCAGUGUUGUGUGUAUACGUAUUCGUUAAUUGUAAGUUCCUUCAAUAAGAAAGAAAGUAACCAUUUUAAUGAUAAUUAUACAUACAGAUCAGCCUGUUAGUUAUGUUACUUGGUGUAUAACUGAUAUAAUAAAGAUAGAGAUUGACAGACUGUAAAAUUGAGCCGAGUUGUAAUGAUCAAUGAUCAUUACCUAACGACUUGUGGUAAUGAAUAGUUGUGUGUAAUGGUUUGAGGGUUUGUAUUGAGUAUAUUAUGGAACGGAGUAGAAAAAGUACAUUGUACAAUAGGUAUAAAACACAGAAUAACGAUGUUCCAGAAUGAGCAUUCACAAGCAACGUGGUGAAGCUGGUGAAAUCCAUAAAAAAGUCACGCGUCUCCUUGGCAUCCGCAAAUACAAAAUUUUUCAUAAUGUGUAUUUCAAAAUUUAACACUAACAACAAUUACGUAAAUUAAUAUAAUAAUCAAUAAUUACCAGUAAAAAAAUACUUCAUCUUAUUUAUUUAGUUUUGUAAACAGUUUUUUUUAUAGGUUUAAAAACACGCUAUUUUUCUUGAAUAAUAUUGAAAGUUACUGAUGCGACGCUUCGUGUCGUACUGACUCGAGAAUGUAUUCGUUUUUGAAUUUUGUAUUUGGAGCGGCUACGACACUGUCAGGUAUUUUUCUUUAAUCUGUGGUAUAGAACUGUGUAUUUUUCUACUCCGUUCCUUAAUUUAACUAAAUUAAGGAACCUUUACUUCGUCCCUUAAUAUACUCAAUACAAUUAUAUAUAUAUUUAUUUUAGGAAUAUAAAAUACUCGAAUUAAAUAAAUAAAGUAAGUAUAUGUUGUGACUACUUAGUAGUCUCUUGAUGUGGUAGGUGUUUUGUACUGCGAUGUACAUAUCUGACUUAUUGAAUAUUAUUGUAAAUGUACCUACGGAUGUAUUGCAAUCAAAUUGUACAUAAAUAUUUACAACAUAA